AUGACCAUCCUCAAAGUCGACAAAUCAAACCCUCCCGCCUCAGCAUUUUCGGAGCCCUCAGAGCCUUCUGAUAUCAAGCCCGCAGACUCACCGAAAGAGCAGAUCACGAAACAGCAGGAGGAGAACCCGCAGGUCAUGAUGACGAAGGAUGAAGGAAGUAAGAAGGAAGGAAAGGAGGGGCAGGGUAAGGAGGCGAACAAGAACUGGGAUAAUAAGUCACAAUAUUUCGUCGAUAUACGUGAUGUAAAGCGUAUCAGUGCUCAACUGCUGUUCAGACUGUUCUCACCGAAAUUCGUGAUUUCAUGUAACGGCGACGAGACGGUACUUAGGAUCAAGUCAGAGCGCAAAAAGUCGGAGCUUCGUGGCUUUAUGGCUUUACUUUGGAGCUCGGAGCUCGACAGACAGACGAACGUGCAAAGCGAUCCGAGCUCGGGAAUCGGGGCCAUGGCAAAGACGACAGGCACCAAGACUACUCUGGUGCCGGCGGCGAAGUUAGGGGAGGGGUCUGAAUUCCGGGUCGAACAUGGCACUGAUAUCGACAAUAGCAGGAAAAAGGCUCGCGGGGCGUGGUGUGGAGUCUUGACUAUGGAGGGGACGUCAACGUACGCGUACAUAUGGGCAGUGGGUAGUAUCCAUGAUGUUUCUAGUAGUAGUACCAGUAGAGCCAGUCAUAGCCCCGAAAAGCGUUUGAGGACGAGUACGGUCGUCGGUGUGACAGAUGAUGCAUACCCUCGAAGCACGCGCAGACCGACGGACGAGAGUGGUAUACCCAACAUAUGGCAGAUAUUCUCCGCGCAUGGGUUCAAGCAUGGCUUAGGAAGCUUCGGUAUCGAUGGUAGUGACCGGCGGGAAUGGCUGGAUGAGUGGAUGGGGACGGACUGGUAUGAGGCUGAGCGAGGCAGGAAGGAGUCGUGCGUCAACGAAGAGGGAUCGGAGCGGAAGGAAUGGGCAGUAUUGUGUCAUGAGGACGAGGAAGGAGGAUUGGAGGGGUAA